CUGCUCUUUCUUGGCAAGGGUUGCCUCUCCUGAGGCAGCAGCAGUCUUCAUUCUUCAUGUGCCCUCUGGGAAGCAACUCAAAAUGCAUGGCAGCACACUCUCCCUCUUCCCUCUGGGACUGCGAAAACAUGCUGUGCUUGCCCUUGUUCGCUGCCCCUGCCUUACCCCAGUGAGAUGGCAUGCACAUUACUUUGUAUUGAUCUUUGUCUAUUCAAGAAUCUGCCUGUAUAGCCUGCCCCUUCCCAACAGCUUGGGAUGGUGCUCUCCUCACCAGCUUGGGAUGGGUGGUAAUAUACUCCCCCGCCACCCGCAUCCUAUCCUGGGUCACCAACAGACAGGAUAAAAGAUCUCUUACUGUUUGUUGAAGAUGUCUAGGCUAUUCCUGGCUUUCUUCUGUCUCACAGUUGAGAGUUGCUUAUGUUUAAUUUUGUCCUGUUUCUUUGGAGAGAAGUGUUGAAACAGUCUUUUUCAGCUGCUUUAGGACAGAGAGAUACUGUAUAGGUAUAGAGUCCAGAAUAAGUAAUUCAUAAUUAUUAUUAGAUUUUCCCUUGUGAAACACAUCAAUAACUUUUUAAUGUUGAAAAGUAAGAUAUUAGCUUUAUAUACUUGUGCAGCAGGUUGAGAAUGGUGCUUGAUACGCACUGCAAUGAAAAGAGAUGUAAGCAAAUGGGUUAUCAAAAUCAAUCUUUAAAAUGUGUAAUGCUAGUCAUUGCGGCUAUUUGCCUGUCACUGCCUGGUCUGCAUAUGUUUAACACUUAAGUGGCAAAUAUGGCUUGCUGAAGUGUAUGGAAGAUUAGUAGAGCAUGCUAAAGUGCUGUGUAAGUUUUAGUGACUAUUAUGUAGAGGGCAGUAGCUUUGUUUCCAAGCUGGGGUUUCUGGAAGUCUCUAUUGCAUUGGGGCGUACAUAUUCCACAGAAAGAAAAGCAGCCCUAACCGUUUCAAUGGUGCAGCUUUCACAGUCCCCACUCCGCCGCCCUUUGCCUUCAUGCCACUCUGAGGAAGGGGAUGAGAAGAACAUGAAACCUGCUAAACAGCAGGUGGCCCAGGGUCCUCAUGGGGAUAACCAGCCUCCCUUGAGUCCUCUGCAGGCAACUUUGAGUUCUGCUGCAACUGCUUCCCAGGCGUAUGAGACUUACAUUGACAAUGGGCUUAUCUGCCUAAAACACAAGAUCAGAAACAUUGAGAAAAAGAAGCUCAAACUAGAAGACUACAAAGAUCGCCUGAAAAAGGGGGAGUCCCUCAAUCAGGAUCAGCUGGAAGCAGUUGAAAAAUAUGAUGAAGUGAUGCAUAAUUUGGAGUUUGCUAAAGAGCUUCAGAAGACAUUUUCUGGACUUAGUCAAGAUCUGCUGAAAGCACAGAGGAAGGCUCAGAGAAGAGAUACCAUAAUGAAACUUGAAGCAGAAAAGAAAAAGCUUUGCACGGUACUGCAGGUCCAGUAUGUGCUGCAGAACUUCAUUCAAGAGCAUGUGCAGAAAGACUUCAGAGGUGGCUUGAAUGGUGCAAUAUACAUGCCUUCUAAAGAACUAGAUUACCUCAUUAAAUUUGCAAAGCUGACUUGUGCAGGCAGAAAUGAGAGCCUUAGUGUUGAAGACCAAAUGGAACAAUCAUCACUCUACUUCUGGGAUCUGUUGGAAGGCAAUGAAAAAGCAGUUGUUGGGACGACUUAUAAGCACCUGAAGGAUUUGUUGUCUAAACUACUAGAUUCUGGUUACUUUGAAAACAUUCCUACACCUUGCACUGUUCCAGAAAAGGAGGAAGGGAAGGAAGAAAUACCUAGAAGGCCAGAAAAAACAAGGCAGCUGUCAAAACCAGAGUCUGUCAAAGAGCCAGAUGAGCCUCAGUUGGAGCAUAUUCAGUCUGAGAUACAGCCACAAGAGUUUCUUAAUAGGCACUACUUGUCUGAAGUUGACUCUUCUGUCAAGAAACCUGAAGAAUUGAAACCUUGGGAAAUGGAACAUACAAAAAUGAAUGAACCUCCAAAGUCCUGGGAAGCUCUUGUUGACAUGGAAGAGCAGGAGCAAAAGCGGAAACAAGAAUCUAUGAAGCCUCUGCAAUCCAUGAGGCAGCAGGGAAAGAAGCCAGAACUUUCAAAGCCUUGGGAAGUGCAACUUAAAGAAGAUGAUCACAAGCAAGAAGUUCUAAAGCCUUGGAUAACACGGGUUAGGGAACAGCAGGACUCCCCCAAACCCUGGGUAACCAAAGUUAAGGAAGAGCAGGAACAAAAACAAGAUGUUCCAAAAUCUUGGAUAACCAAAGCUAAGGAAGAAGUGGAACGAAAGCAGGAGUUGCCCAAAACAUGGGUUGCUCAAACAAGGGUGGAAACUAUACAGAAGACAGAAACUGUGAAGCCUUGGAGUACAUGUGUUAGAGAAGAGACAGAGCAAAAGAAACAGGACCCUGCAAAGCCCUGGGCAGCACGUAUCAAGGAGGAGAUGGAGCAAAAAACUCCACUCCCCAAAACGUGGGGAACAUCUGAGGAAUCACAGCAAACUCUUCAACUGCCUUUACAGAAUCCUCCAAAGAUCUGGGGAGCAGCAAAUCUUGUGCCAAAGGAGCAGACUGGGCCAAAGAAGCCUGAUACAGAACCCAAAGAAAGACGAGAGCGCAGGCAGAAGCUUGAAUCUGAUGUGAAACAAGAUGGCAAAACAGAUGGAGUAAGUGGACAAGGCGUUGAUGCUGUAAGGAAAAAAGAGAGUCUUCAGUCAGUUGGAGAAUCUUGUAAACUACCUAGGAGUCUCCAAAACAUCAUGCAGGUGCCUAAACCUGUGUAUCAGCCAGCUGCAGAGUUUUGCUCUACUUCUAGUCUUCCAAAGGAUCCAAUACUAAGAAGGGAAAAGCUACAGGAUCUGAUGACUCAAAUACAAGGGACCUACAAUUUCAUGCAAGAGUCUCUUCUGGAUUUUGAUAAGCCUUCUCAAAGUGCCAUUUGUUUGCCUCAAGCAACGUCGGUGGAUUCUGCAGCUUCUGAUGAACAAAAGCUUUCCAGUCAAAAUGACUUAUCUGAGCCACCAGUACAGGUUUCUGCUUCUCCUAUGACCUUUCAUGGCUCAAACACAUCAUUGGCUUCUAACAAUACACUAUCUGGUUCUGAAACCGAACUUGGGACACCACAGACACCACAGAUAUCUGUUCCACUUUCUCAAGAGUCUGAGAAUUUUGGUUCAUCUCAAUCUUUGUAUCAGGCAAGCCAAUGCAUUUCUGAGCCCUUAAUGCCCCAAAAGAGUGACACUGCCCAGGCACCUAUUCCUCCAAGUGAAUCACAGAUACCAUUGGCACCAUCUAGUACUGCCAUGUCACCAGUACCCCAGGGAAAAGUGUUCCAGUCUCCUCCAGCAAGUAGCAGUUCAGUUAGCAUGAAAGCAGCUCCCUUUCAGGCUAUGCAGACUGUGUUCAAAGUGAAUGCACCUUUGCCACCUCGUAGAGAGGAUAUAAAAGACAAUAUUCCACAUUCCACAGCAUAUAAUCAGAACUUUUCUACAGCAAGUACACAGACUCCACCUCACUGUAAAUCACAGUCUACUCAAAAUGCUGAACAAACUACUUUUUCUCAAGAGUCUUUGCCAAAUGCAGCUAAUUACCAGGCUGAGGGAGCUGUUCCUGUAAGCAAUGGUAGCCUCACCUUUUAUGCAGCACAGACAACCACUCUCCCUAGACCACCUCAACCUUUUGUCACAAGCCGUGGAUCAGUUAGAGGCCCCCUCAGAGGUGCAAGAUCAGUAACCAACUCAUAUCGCUCUCCCAGUGGCUAUAAAGCAGGUUUUGAAGCUUACAGGGGAUCACCUUCCAUCUCAAAUGGCAGUUACAGCCAGUUGCCACCACUUGGCAGAGAUUACCCUCCAGUACAAUAUCCUCAGAGGGAUAUGAAUUACCAACAGAACUAUAAGCGAGGGGGUAUUAAUAGUGGUCGAGGAAACUCAAGAGGUUACAGGCGAGAAAAGAGACAGGAAGAGAAUUGUUCAUCAGGUAGAGCUCAAGGUAGAACUCGUGGUAGAGAAUACGCCAGAAGAAGGGAAUUGAGGAAAAUGGAGAGAAAUGGGAAAGAAGCAGAGUCUGAAAGCAAUCUUGUAGCUGCCAAGAUGCACCAGUUCAGAUGGAGCGAUUCAUCUCAGGUGAGCAGCCCAGAACGUGACAGUGAGGCCUUUAACAGUGGGGACUCGGGGCAGGGUGACUCCCGCAGCAUCACUCCUGUUGAUAUGCCAGUGAUGAGCCAAGCAGCCACCAUACUACCUGUACACGUCUAUCCCCUCCCACAGCAAAUGAGAGUUGCCUUUUCUGCUGCUAGAACUUCUAACUUGGCUCCUGGAACUCUAGAUCAACCUAUUGUGUUUGACCUUCUGUUAAACAACCUUGGUGAAACCUUUGAUAUUCAACUUGGUAGGUUCAAUUGUCCAGUGAAUGGUACCUAUGUGUUUAUUUUUCAUAUGCUGAAGUUGGCUGUGAAUGUUCCACUGUAUGUGAACCUCAUGAAAAAUGAAGAGGUUCUAGUAUCGGCUUAUGCCAAUGAUGGAGCUCCAGAUCAUGAGACUGCUAGUAACCAUGCAGUCCUCCAGCUUUUUCAAGGAGACCAGAUUUGGCUGCGUCUGCAUAGAGGAGCAAUUUAUGGAAGUAGUUGGAAAUACUCUACCUUCUCAGGAUAUCUACUGUAUCAAGACUGAACAUUCAUGUUUACAAUAAAGCUGCUCUAACCAGUUUGGGGAGGAGUGAAAGCUGGGAGACUAGUUUUGGAAUUCAUUUGGCCUACUUACACACAACUUUGAAAUGGGGAUAUGGUAAUCUGUCUUGCAAUGUGAGAUGGAGUUGGGUCAGCACUGAUGUGGCACUUUAUCAGUUGUGAUGUAGCCUUGACAGGAAAACUGAAUGUAUGUCUGCACUUAUGUUUGAGCUGUAACUGCUUACUACUUUCCUCAAAAUUUGCCUCCAGUCUGGGCUAUACACAAUGCCUUGUGCCUAAAUAAAAUAUAUAUGCCUUAAUAGGAACAUAGACUAUGGGUAUUCCUCUCAUUUGACACUUGCUCUUAUAAAAUCCAGUCUUCUGCAACCAAUGCCAAGAGUUGUGGUGGGCUUUGCUUAUAACUGAACUGAAGAUGGUAUUCACAACUAGAUAAUAUGACAUGAAUAAUUCGUCUUAAGGUAUAUUGUAAAAACAUGUUGCAUAUUAGGGUACAUCUGGAAUUACCAUUUUUUGCCUCUUAAUCUGUUCCUAUAGAAUACAUAUUAUUUUUUCCAUCUUACUGGAAACUGCUGUCAUGACUACAAAAUUAAUCAACUGACUAAAAAUUCCUGCUUGAGUAAAAAAUAGCCUGACUUAA